AUGGCUUCUGGUUCGCUGGGUUUUGCUGUGCAAAAGGCCAAUAUCAGCGGCCUGGCUGAUUUUUUAAUCAAAGAUUUCUGGGAGACAGAGUUUAGGUGCAAGGAGACAAACAGAUACUCCAUGACAGAAACAUCAAAUUGCAAAGAAAACCAGGAUCUAAUUGAGCUUAAAGAUUAUAAUGAUGAUGUGGAAGAGCUGAGAUACACCAGUAACAUCUACAAAGCCAUCUAUGCUGUGGCCCAUUCUCUGCAUAGCAUCUUAAAGUGCUCCAAAAGCCAGGGGUGUGACAAGACUGUAAACAUUACUCACUGGCAGGUGUUGGAGUCUUUGAAGCAGGUGAAUUUCACCAUUAAGAAUGGGGACCAGGUGUGGUUUGACAGCACUGGAGCAGCAGUGGCUCGGUAUGAGGUUGUGAACUGGCAGCAUGGAUCAGAUGGCUCAGUCCAGUUUAAACCUGUCGGCUACUAUGAUGCCUCCCUACCUACUGGACAGAAGUUUGUCCUCAAGACUGAAGCCAUAAUGUGGCCUAAUGGACAGACAGAGUUGCCUGUGUCAGUGUGCAGUGAGAGCUGUCGUCCAGGAACUUAUAAAGUCCUUCAGAAAGGAAAGCCAGUCUGCUGCUAUGACUGUACACCGUGUGCAGAAGGAGAAAUCAGCAACAGGACAGAUUCUAAUGACUGCAAAAAGUGUCCUGACGAGUAUUGGUCCAAUCAAAACAGAGAUGCAUGUGUACUGAAAAAUGUCGAGUUCCUCUACUUCACUGAGGCAAUGGGUAUAAUAUUUGUAUUUUUCACUUUGUUUGGUGUGCUCCUUACUUUAAUUGUGGCCACUAUAUUCUUUAUCAAUAAGGACACUCCUUUGGUGAAGGCCAACAACUCUGAACUGAGCUUCCUGCUGCUCUUCUCCUUGACUUUGUGUUUCCUGUGUUCUCUGACCUUUAUAGGUCAGCCCUCUGAGUGGUCCUGCAUGCUGCGACACACAGCAUUCGGGAUCACCUUUGUCCUCUGUAUCUCUUGUGUUCUUGGGAAAACAAUAGUGGUGUUAAUGGCCUUUAAUGCGACACUCCCAGACAGUAAUGUGAUGAAAUGGUUGGGUCCCACACAGCAGAGGCUCAGUGUUGUGGCUUUUACCCUCGUACAAGUUUUAAUUUGCAUUCUUUGGCUGAGAAUCAGCCCUCCCUAUCCCUUUAAAAAUAUGAAACACUAUAAAGAGAAGAUUAUACUUGAGUGCAACGUUGGUUCAGAUGUAGGGUUCUGGGCUGUGUUAGGAUACAUAGGACUUCUAGCUGUCCUUUGUUUUGUACUUGCUUUUUUGGCACGAAAGUUACCUGAUAAUUUCAAUGAAGCUAAAUUUAUCACCUUCAGCAUGCUGAUGUUUUGUGCAGUCUGGAUCACCUUUAUCCCAGCAUAUUUUAGCUCUCCUGGGAAGUUCACUGUAGCUGUGGAGAUAUUUGCUAUGUUAGCCUCCAGUUAUGGGCUACUUAUCUGUAUAUUUGCACCAAAAUGUUUUAUUAUUGUACACAAACCUGAACUGAACACAAAGAAAUAUCUGAUGGGGAAAACACAAUCUGAUUAA